AUGGCCGAACAGACAGAGCCGCAGCAACAGGAGGAUGGGCAAAUUACUCCUUGUUCCAGCUCUACCAUUGAGCAGCAGGAGCCUGCGCAGCGGCCCAAUUUCCUCGAACUAUUCGAGCAGCUCAGGCCUGAAAUCCAGCUGAUGGUCAACAAGCGCAAAUUUGUUCUUCCCCUUCAUAUGAUUGGCGAUUCAACGCGAGCCAACGAAUGGUUGAUGAAAGCAAAAUGUGGGUUUGGACUCGCACAUCAACGACUCCAGAUCGCCACGUCAAAGAAGGCCGAAUUUCAAAGACUCAUGCGAGAAUAUUUACAAUCAUACAACUGUCCUACCGCUCGUCUGGAGCUGUGGGAGGACAUCAACAACUUGAAUUUUGCGCUUGCUAAGUGCAUUGAAGCCAUUAUUACGGCUCAAGAUUUCCUGGCAAAGUUCGAAGCUCAGCAAAGGAGUUUCCAACCAACACGACCACCGCAGCAGCUCGUCGAAUGGCAAAGUCAUCGCGGAGGAGCCGGACUUGGCACAAGCAGCGUCUCCUCCAACACUGGAGGGGUUGUUCUGGGCCGAACAUCUCCGCAAUAUGCAUCUUCCUUCGUCUCUGCCAACGUAUUCGAGGACAUGUAUGGACCACAAGCACAAGGAUUGAUGCAAAGCUGUCCAAUCCAACCUGGAGACAAUUUCGCUACUUCUUCAAUCCUUCCGACGUCCGCCGAAUUGCACGUUUCACCAUAUUCAAGACAUUCUGCCGCUACAGUAACUCUGAACCGACCUCUGCGGCCGGAGACAGGAAAACUUUGCCACUUCUGUCGCCAUGACUACUUUGGACCUGUCGCUUGGGCAAACUUUUGGGACCUAUAUAACCCUGACUACCCUCUCUGGGACUACUGCUUCACCAUAUCAUAUGUUGCUCUUGAAACAUCCGCUACUCAGUGUUGUUGGCUUUGCACCCAAUUAUACGAUCAGAUUGUUACCAGGGAGAGGGACAGCCUGUUCGAUGUGAAACUUACGUUUUGGAGUGGCCCCAAGAACGGCGGAUCAGCUGAGUGCAGUAGAUGUGAUGUCUACGCGUCGUACCGUGGAGCAGAUGAGUCUUACGCCAACAGUUUGGCCGGUCAUUUGCAACUCCGCAUUGCCGUUGCAAAAGCUGAUCCAUUCCAAUUCUUUGCAAAGGGAACACUAUCCAAAAGCUAUUUCACAAACUUCGAUGCUUCGACCGCUCGUGGUUGGCUGGAUGAAUGUGGCAGAGAGCAUGAAUGCUGCAAAGGUUCUGAGGAUCAUACCGUACCCAGCAGAUUGCUUCUCCUUGAUCCUGACGAAGAUGUUGUCUACUUCCGAGAAAUGCCACAGCUAACAUCGGCUGCGACGGAAAACCGAGUCGAGUACGCUGCGCUAUCAUAUUGCUGGGGUAGGACGCACUCCUUCGUAACUGUCAGGUCGAAUAUCGACAAUCACUUCCAAGGCAUGGAUAUUUCAAUGCUUCCCAAAACGUUUCGGGACGCUCUCUCCGUGACGAGACUAUUAGGAAUUCAUCUGCUCUGGAUCGACGCCCUCUGUAUUAUGCAAGACGACGAGGUUGACAUGGCAAAUGAGCUCUCCCGGAUGAGGGUCUAUUACCAAAAUGCAAAGGUGACGCUGGCAAUUUUGCGAGCUGAAGACGUCGACGAGGGCUUUCUAAAUCUUGCUAGCUCACACAACCCAAAACACGUAAAGUUGAAGAAUUUGCAAACCGAACUUGCACCGAAGUGCUACGUACCAUAUUACGACAAGCUGGGGAGGAAAGGAACAAUCGACUUUGAACCGAACGAAUUCAUUGAUGAAGGAUCCACGUUUUACGAUGAGCGAAGAGAACCACUUAACAGAAGGGCGUGGACGCUGCAGGAAAGAUGGCUUUCUCCUCGAGUAAUCUCCUUUCCAAGCUUCGACGGCUUCGUGUUUCAAUGCAAUGCAUCAGAGCGAUUCGCAGGAGACUACUGCUUAGUUGACUCUGUUGAGAAAUCGGAUGAACCCGCAAUCCGGAGAAGACUCCAGCUCAGGCUCAGUGGACUUGAUGCAGAACCUCGACAAGACGAGGACCCGGGCGACGAAGCGUUCGAAACGUUCGAACUGGUCAAAGCAUGGCAUUACAUCGUGGAGGACUACUCCAGCCGAAGACUGUCAGAACCCCUUGACAAGCUCAAAGCACUGGGAGGACUUGCCGAGCUGUUCCAUUCCCAGCACGAAGCUAUUCUCGGGCCUUACGCUGCAGGCCAAUGGGUCAAAACGUUACCCUUGGCCUUGCUCUGGAUGGUUAGUCCGAGUGAAGACGUCGCCCCGGCACCUGUGCAGUAUCUGGCGCCGUCUUGGUCCUGGGCAUCGGUCAACAGCCGGGUUUGGAACGAAUUGUACUCUGUUGAUGUAGAUCAACAACCAAUCGCAGACGUAAAAGUAGAGAUUCUGCGCGUUCAUGUCGAGCCUUCUUCGAAAGUCCCCUUCGGAUCCGUCCAGAAUGUGUGGUUGCGAUUGAGAGGACCAGUGGUGGAUGCCAAGUGGCAUAUCAAUCCUCGUAAGGAGGGGAGAAUCGACGUGGCGCUACUGGACAUGGACAGUCCUCAAAAAAGAUCACAUGCGGCGGUCAAUGCCCGUAUAGGUCGAAUUGGAACUGCUGAGCUAUGCGACGACGACGAGGAUGAAGACACGUACAUGGACGAGCCGAUUCCCCUCGGUCGCGCAUCUUGUGACACUAUCGAGGCACGACUGCUCGUCCCUUCAGAAAUCAAGGUGCUCUUUGUCGCCUUCGUUCAUGAAAGCGUUAUUCAUUGUAGCCCCGCGCACGGCUACGGCAUUAUCAUUAAAGAAGUCGCUCCAGGUGUCUUCAAGCGUGUCGGAUUGUUUGAUUUGGAUGAACGCCAGCAUGAAAAUUUCUUCCUGGAACAUUCAAGAGAAAUGACCCUAUGUCUUGUCUGA